AAUAUCCUGGAUGCGUUCCCCAGCGUUUAGUUGUGCUAACAAUGUGCAGAUGUAACCCAUUGGUUCAUCAAUGAACGGUCAUUAAUAAAAGAUGCUGCCUAUGUGUUCGUAGUAAGGCGUAGAAAAUAAUGCCAUCACCCAUCCCAAUUCCCCGGUUUUUGCCGAGGAGUUUAACACCGACCAAAUCCCUGAGGCCUUGUAGUAGCCCCAACCAGUUCCAGGGCUGUCGUUUCUCUUGUGCAAAGCCAUCUCGGGCGUUACAACGGCGCUCUUGGAGUACGGUAAUUUGGGAUGAACUGAAGUUACUAGAUCUUUUGGGUUCAGGUGGUUUCGGUUGGGUUUAUAAAGGAACUUAUUAUGGUCAAAUUGUUGCAAUAAAGAAAGUGAGAAAAUGCGUAAAGAACAAACUGGCUGCUCGGCAGAGCUUUUGGGCAGAAUUGAACGUUGCUCACCUGCUGCAUGAGAACAUUGUGAGGGUUGUAGCAGCUACAACGUCUGUUCCCGCAAAUCCAGAGGACGAGGACAGUGUGGGCACCAUCAUCAUGGAGUACGCAGGAGGAACAAGUCUAGAUCAUAGGAUUUAUAACUGUACGGAACCCCUGGAAAUGAGGGGAUGUUUAACAUUUUCUCACGAUAUUGUCAGUGGACUGAGUUUCCUACACAGUCACCACAUAGUACACUUGGAUCUGAAACCAGCUAACAUCUUCAUUACCGAGGCGGGGCGGUGUAAAAUCGGAGACUUUGGGUGUUCUCACAAAUUACCGAUCGGCCGUGACUUGACUCCUAAUGGCCAAUUGCGGCACCUUGCUGGUACCUACACUCACCGGGCACCUGAGCUUCUGAGAGGUGGUCGCGCUACUUUAAAGGCGGAUAUUUAUUCUUUUGCGAUCACUCUCUGGCAGAUGCUAAGUAGAGAUCAGCCCUAUUCCGGCGAUCGUCAGUGCGUGAUGUAUGCUGUAGUGGCUUAUAACCGACGUCCAACUUUCUCCACAAUUUUCGAUGAAUCCUCGUUGGGCCGCGGGAUUCGAUCAAUCAUCAGUAAAUGCUGGGAAUGUGAACCAAAUCGUAGACCGAGUGCAGUAGAAUUACUAGAAAAUAUUAAUUGCUUAGAAGCACAGCUAUAGCAUUAUCUUGACAAACUUGUGUACUUUAAACUUCAAUAUAUCUUUUAAUGUCGCCCCUUUAAAAAAAAGCAGCAUUUUCUAAAUUUUUAAAAAUGCUUGUGGAAAAAAAAUACUCCUGUCUUAAUGCCCUAUAUCCUGUGCUUUGCGUUAGCCGGGUUAUAACAAUUGGACUGGGAAGUAAGAACUUAACAAAUGUUAAUAUUAUUUCUGUUCCAUAGGUUGGUAAACAACACUUGUUAGUAAGUUAUCCUUUUUUUUUGCUUUCCUUAAGAUUUUCUCCGGACCAAAACCUGACUUUUUUUCCCACUUACUUGCAAUGUCCUUACUAAUAAAGUUUGAAGUUGUAUGACAACAAUA